AUGCUUGAUUCAGAGAAGAAUAGCGGAAAACGCGAAGAUUCAGAGGUAAUAUCCAUAUCGGAUACUUCUAGUGAUAACGAAGAGGAUGGAAAAAAUGAGAGGGAAUCGAGAUCAGUGGAGGCGAAAUCAGCGUUGGAAUUUGCCGAAUCAGUGAUAAUGGAUGAGAAAAUAUUAGACGAUUUUAGUUCUGAUACAGAUGAAGGUAUAGAUGCUCCGAGUUCUAGCAAUAAAGGUCAGACUGAAUCCAAGAAGGAUUCAAAGGUGAAACAUGUUGAAUCCAAGCCAAGCUUACGAGAAUUGUGUGCAUCUGCAGCCGAAAAAAGGCAGAUUGUGGCAAAAGAAGAGGAUGAAAGUGCGAAAGUUGGAAAUGCCAACACUGAACGUGAACAAGCUACCUUGAAAGUGAAACUAGAAGAUAGUUCAAGACUUCAUAGCUUGAAAAGAUCUGGUGGUAGCAACGGAAACAAAACAAAAAGACCGCAUAUUGAAAGAACAGGUGUAAAUUCAAAUAGUAAGGAACCACACGAGCUACGUUCACCUAUUCACUUGAUCAGCAAUCCAGAAUAUUGUGAUGUGUACUGUAAGAAUGGUAAUAAGGAUACGGUGUCAAUGACGGACAUGAUGGGGUCAAAGACGCUUGUGAAGACAUACCAGUUCAACUUUUUGAUUGACGCCACAUUUCUCUUGCAAUACAUCAAGGCGGAUCCAAGAAACUUGGAACUGAUACUCAUUGGACACAAAGAUGAGCAACAUAUGUCUGUUAAUUCUGAAGAUCACCACCGAUAUAGGAUAAAGAUGGUCGAUGCGACAAAGAGGUUGGGACAUUAUGGCAGUCAUCAUACAAAAAUGAUGGUGAACAUGUUUCGGGAUGGAACAUGCCAGAUAAUCGUGCACACCAUGAACCUUACUGUCACAGAUUACACUUUACAGACACAAAUGUGCUGGAUGUCCCCAAAACUUCACAAAUGUUCAAGCAAGGACCAAGCAGAAAGAUACAAGGGGGAGGGGUUAGAUUCAAUAAAGGACGUGGGUGACAUUUUCAAAAACGAUUUUCUCGCGUACUUGUCGACUUACGAACUUCCGGAAACAGAUGCCCUCAUCAAAGAGCUACAGCCCUAUGAUUUUACAUGUAUAGAUGUGCAAUUCGUUGCAUCAUCCCCAGGAAAAUACGAGCUGAUAACAGAGCGACUGGAUUAUCCAAUGGAGUAUUACGGAUCCGAGGCCGAAAUGUUUGGCUUUGGAAAACUCUAUGAUUAUCUUAAAAUCUAUGGUUUGACGUCAUUGUGGGGCAGAUUCAUAGGGCAGACGUCUUCAAUCGCUUCACCCUUUGAUAGGAAGAAGUCGAACAUAUUCACACAUCUUCUAAUAUCAAUUGCUAUGGGAUAUGGAAGGCUUGUUCUUGAACCUAGCAUAUCGUUCGACAUAAAAGAUCGUGGCAUGUACCCGAUGAUAAUAUGGCCGACUCUAAAAGAGGUGCUGCAGGCGAGCGGUUCAAUUUUAUCAGGAUAUGCACUUCAUUACAGAAACACACGCUGGAGAAAUUAUAGGGGCAACGAGUACCAGGACAAACAGUUGAGGAAGUACUUCUUUAAGUGGUCUUCAGUAGCUGCCAGCCAGCAGUCUAAGGCGGGAAGAUCCCACCUUAUGCCACAUUGCAAAACGUACUGUGUCACUGAGGACAAUCUGCAAACGAUAAAGUGGUUUUUAAUGACUUCGGCAAAUAUGUCCACACAGGCUUGGGGGAGACCAGAGGUGAGUGCGAAUUACUUUAAGGCAUACAAGUACACUUUAGGAGAGAGAUUAAAGUUUAACAUUGCGUCUUACGAGGCUGGAAUACUAGUUAAUCCGAAGACGCUAAAAACAAGGUCGAUCGACGCAGGAAAGGAGGUAGUGUUAGUUCCAACUCUUGGGCAGGACACCGUUCCUAAAGAAAGGGUAGAACAGUCACCAAACAACAAACAGUUGCUUUAUCCGGUGAGAAUACCGUACGAUAUUCCAUUACAAAAGUACACGGACGAACAGCCAUGGACAACAGGCGUGUUAGAGGGAAAUAACAGGUAG